CAGGAAGUGUCUGUUGUGUUGCUGUUUGCUUCACUAUGAUGAAUUAUCCUGCCACUGUCCUGUCAGCAGUGAUACUGAAUGCACCAUUAUUUCUUUCAUAUUGCUGCAAACUGCUGCACAUCCAGUACGCUUUGUACCAACGUGUCUGAGCCUUAAUAAUUAAAAUGAGUGAUCCAGGUAAAGAUCUACACCGCAGGCUGCAGCAGCUGCAGAGUCGUUUCACCUGGGAUCUGAACAAGGAAGACUUGGAGUUGGACGACCUUAGCAAGCAGCUGCAGCAUGAUAUAGACCUGCAACUGGGGCAGCGGGGCGCCCUGGCCCACUCCUACAGGUUCCUGUCUUAUGUGAGGUAUCUUCAGGGUAAACCAGAGGAGGCGCUGUCGCUUCUCACUGAAUCAGAGGAAAAGACGAGGGAGUGUUACGGAGGGGAGAGCGAGCUGCGGCUCAUUGUGACGUACGGAGACCUGGCUUGGCUGAAAUACCACACCAAAGACUACGUACAGUCCCAGACUUACUGUCAGAGAGUCGAGGAUAUACUGGUGAAGCAUCCGCCUGAUUCUUCCACUGACCUCCAUCCAGAAGUGUACGGGGAGAAGGGCUGGACCUUUCUUAAGUUCUCCAGUUCUUACUAUACCAAAGCUGAAGAAUAUUUCUGCAAAGCUUUGGAGCUGCAGCCUGAUGACCGGGAGUGGAACACUGGCUAUGCUAUCGUCCUCUAUCGCACAGAACAGAAUGUUAGUGAUUGGUAUCCCGAGGAAUCACCGGCCACUAAACAGCUUCGUCGAGCCCUGGAAAAAAAUCCAGAUGAUGGCGUUUUGAUGUCCCUGCUGGCUCUGAAGCUGGUCCACGACGAGAACAAACACACAGAGGCUAAAGGUUUGGUGAAGAAGGCCCUGGAAGUCGGACAGGACAACACUCAAGUCACCCGCUACGUAGCAAAAUAUCUCCGCAACCAGGAUCAGCUGGAUGAGUCUAUCGAUCUGCUUAAGAGUAUGCUGGAGAAGAAAAGCCAGUCAUCUUUCAUUCAUCACCAGCUUGCUCUGUGUUAUGAGAAGAAGAAGAAUAAGCUGCUUGGGAGAAGAGAUCGACCAGUGUCAGAGGUGCAGCAUUGGACACGUCUUUGUAUUCAGCAUCUGGAGGAAUCAGUCAGGCUCAAGAAGGGUUUCAAUGCUGCGAAAGCUCUGCUGGCUCUGCAGUACGCACAGAACUUUGAAAGAAGGAGAGCUCAGCAGAUGUUUGAUGAUGUGCUGCAGACGUUAGAGGAUGAACCUCCAGGCAUCCGUCAGUACAUCUACCGGUAUUAUGCAGAGUUCUGCUACUAUCAAAACAAUCAGAAAGACCUCGGACUCACCUAUUACAAAAAGGCUUUGGAGUUCUGCAUCAACACAUCACAUUGGAAGCACUGUGUGAAGAAACUGACGACGAUAGCAGAGGGACGCCUCAGAAAGUAUCCCAGAGACGCCGCGGCCUAUGGCAUCCUGGGAGCAGUGGCCAGAGCUGAGGGCAAUCGGAGCAGGGCCGUGAGAAAUUAUGAGCGCGCUCUGGAAAUAGACGCCAACAACGACGAGUAUCUGUCAGCCCUGUGGGAGCUGCGCCUGGAUCUGACCGCACACAGGGAAGAGAAAGACCGCCCGGAGGAGAAGCUUCCAGAGGCCGCAUGUGAAAAAGUUUGUGCCAGGAACGCCACCGUGUGAACGAGGUUCCAGAACCACAGCUCAGAAACGCUCGGCUACGUCACAUCACACCUGGGAACCGCUACAUCGAUCACUACGGCCGUCUUCUUCUGUUUCUCUACCACCACUACGUCCGGUUGGUUAGCCACCACCUGUUUGUCCGUCUGUAUCUGGAAGUCCCACAGGAUCUUAGCUCGGUCAUUCUCCACCACCUCCCAUGUUGACCUCGGGGCUUCCAGAUGUUUCUGUGUACUAUGCUGGCCACUUCGCUAUGGCGUUCCAUUAGGGGUGGGCGAUAUAAAUGAUAUACGAUAGAAACGAUAUAAAUUUGUCCAACAAUAGAGAUUUUGACUAUACCGCUCUACCGCGAUAGCGCAUGUUGAUGAUGUCAUCAAGCUGCGCCUGUUUUGGUACAAAGCAUUGCAGCGGCUUAGUGUUGCCAACUCCCUGAAAAAUAAAUAAGGGACACCUCGUGGCCAGGGCCGGGCAACCCAGUCUUCACCCUUCCCAGUGUGGUGAAUUUUGUAGCCUUUUUUGUGUGUGAAAUUAUUUUUUUUGACCAUUUGACUUGAAUUUGAUUUAAGUAAAUGCAUAUUCUUUGUGAUAUGACCAUAUGGGAAACAAAUGAUCAUUUAGCCAUUUAUUUUUAGCUCAAAAUGACAACAUUAACACAAUAAAACAGGUCUCUUUCUUAAACAGAAGCCUGUCAUGCUUAACUUUUGAGAAUAUAAGUAAAUGUUUCUUUAAAAGAACUCUGUCCUGCUUAACUUAAAAUUAUAUAAAUUAACAGAAAACAAUAGAAUGAAAAACAUUCUUGUAACAGUGCACAUAUAGUGCAUUUAGUACAAUUGGCUUCAGUUGAGGUAUUAUUACAGCUUUUCUAAUGCUAAUCAGCUGCUUCUGUUUGUAAACCCGCUUGUUCCCAUGGUUACGCAUCAUAACUCAUCAUCAUUAUUCAUCUAUGUAUUACUUUUAUGUAUUAGUCAUCUAUUUGUUGUAAUCAUCUAUCCUUGCAGUUGUUUAUUACACAAAAUAAAUGAUAUUAUCGCACUUCUGGCCACAUAGCGCUGAUAUUCACUGCACAUGCCCAUAUUAACCUUAACCAGAGGGUUUAAAAAAACUAACCAGUGUUUACAGACCAUAUCUGCUUCUGCCGUGGCCUGGUGGACAAAAAAUUGGUUAAGGGUUCCCCGAGCUUUCACGCCCCUCAUGUUCUUCAUGUGCCCACCAUUA